CAACGCCCGCACAAACGAUAUUGGUCAUUGUAGCGUUAGAGCACGUUGUCCUCGUUAUAGUGCUAGCGCUUCGUAUCGCGAUACCCGAAAUACCGGCCUGGCUUGCAACAGAGAUGGCUAAAGUGGAGUUUCAGAGGAGAGAGGCCAUUAAAAAUGCUCACGCGCCACUUUUGGUAAGUUUGUGAAAUAUUUUCAUGCAUAAGUUAGAAAUAAAUGUCUUUCAAAUUAUUUACUCUCAUAAUUUAUAAAAAGACGCGUGUAGCGCGCAUUAGAGAAAGCAGUUCUUCUAUUAAAAUCAAGCUGCCGAAAAAGAUUAGUCAAUUUUUAUCAUCCGUCAAGUGUCAUAUUCCUCUACAAGAUGUAGGUGUGUAUAAGCUGGAUUGUGAAUGUGGUCUCUCGUACAUAGGACAAACAAAAAGAUCUAUAAAAUUCUGCCUAAAAGAACAUAUAGCUGACUUGAAGCACCGACGUUCCGGGAAGUCUGCAAUCUGUGAACAUGUUCAAGAUCGUCCCCGCCAUUACAUUAGAUGUGAUAGACCACAAAUCAUCACAACAGGAUUAUUUGCAAGGCUAUUGAAAUUUAAAAAAAAAACACCCUAAUUUCAAUAGAGAAGUUAGAUAGGUGCUGCUGUGAUUAAUAAAAUUAAAUCCAAACCCAAGCAUACCACGGCAAGACUUCAAGAUAUUAUAAGCUCAUUGUGCGUAGAUCAAUUCGUGAACCAGUACGGACUGGAAAUAGCAAAUAAAAUUCGCCGAUUAGAAGAUCCCAUGACUAAGCGCGCAAGAUAUAUAACAUGUUUAAAGGAGAUGAACUUGUUCCAUACAAGCUUGGGCCCGGGGUGAACAAAGUUAAAAUAAAUCUUAUUUUGAAGAUUUAAACAUUUGCUAUUUCAUUCAAAAAUCAUAUUUUUGUAUGGCCCGGGGAUUUGUUUUUAUUUUAUGUUUUAUUAUUUUUAGGUUAUGUAAUAAAAUCACUCGUUCCUGUGAUAUGUUGUUUAAAUAAAUCGAAAAGGACAGAAAAUAAUGCAGUUUUGUAGUUAAUAUGAAAAUAAAGCAUUAUAAAUUAACCUUUUUUAAUUUUUUAAUUAUAUUCUGCAAUUAUUAAUAAAAUAUCAUCUAGAAAAGCAGCCGUAGGCUGUAACUUAUCUGUUCUAUUCUUCAAAAAACCAAAGUACCACAUUAUUGUCACUAUCUGGGCGCAACAAUCUACUGUCCUGUAAUGCGAGAGAAAUGUCAAAAAUCAAGUUUUCAAGAAAAAUAAAAACACGAAAUAUACUAUCCACAAAUACAACCACAAUAUCAAAUGCGAAUGAAAAGUUGAAACUCGAAGUUAUAAAGUUAAAUCUUCUUCGGAACAGGCAAUGACCAACGACCAUACAGCCUAUUCAAUCGUAUCAGAUAUUAUUCAAAUAUGUUUUUAGUUAAAUAAAAUGGUAUAUUCAAUUGAUUUCUUGAAUUUAGUAAUAAUCUCUAGAGAUUCGCAUAAAUAUUUUAAUAUUAUGAUUUCUUUGAUAAUGAAGACUUAUUUUAAAAAAAAAUAGCCUUCAUUAUCGAAUGCCAUAGACAUUAAAUACAGAAAUAUAUUUAAAGAUGUUUUGUUUUUGCUAUGGUAAAAGCGUUAGUUUUCGUUUUUUAGUUUUAAAAAAUGGUAUUAUGAAUGUCCCAUGAAUUACAGAAAUAAAAACCUUUUAAUUAUGCUUAUAAUCUAUCGUCUAAUUACCUUCAUAUUUUUUUAUAACUUACGAACGAUGUCAAGCACCCAAUUUCAUACAUCUCCUUUCUUGAAGAUAUGCAGAUAUCAUAAUCACAUUCCUGCGUGUGUCAAAAUAUCAAUAAAAAAGAACAUUCAAGGAAGCU